AUGAGCUACUGGGCUACUCGACUAAAGGCGGCCGAGGUUGUCGGUAAUGUCAACCCAUGCACGAUCCUCGACAGCACAUGCGGACAGGUUGCCAAGGUCGCACGCGACUCGGCGGCUGCGGUGGUCGCUCUCAUGCGCAAUGCUAGCAACCGAGAGCUUUGCCGAGGUUCGGAUGAGGAAGCCACGAACUUAUGGGAGGCCUUCGAUGCCGGAUUGCUGGCGGUUCAAGCGCAGCUCGCUAGGGGCUCCGUCUCGUCCCAGGUUUUCCAGACGCAGCUGCUGUCGACUCUCCGACGUGGAGACCCCCGACGUUGCGAGGAGAAAGGCACUGGCAGGCGUCGGGGAGGCGAGUGCCCGCCUGUACCUCUGGCGCUGUAUUGGCGCUUGCACAAGCUGGCGCUCUUGCCGCUGUCGCGCCUCCUAGAGGCAAACGAAUCGUUGCCUUCGCCCGGGGAUCUCGGCUGGCAUCGCAGCUGCGAGGACCAGCGAAUGUUCUUCGGGGGACUUCACGGGGAUUCCUUGGAGGCCAUCGUCGAGGACAUGAGGGCCCUGGCUGCGCGAUCGUCCGGAGGCAAAGACAGGGGUGACUCUCGGCGAGGAGAAGCUGCCGCCCUUGUGUCGGAGGUAGCCACGCACCUCUUCGACUUGGCCUACCGGGAGGGUCCUAGUCGCUCCGGAGGGCCGGCGGAUGGAACAAACACAACUGGUGCACUUGCGAGCAGGGCUGCUAGGACAGUCCUUGAUCGACUGUGUUGCGACGCGAAGGUGUUCGGGAUGGAAGGACAAGAGUCGAGAUUGCGUGGUUGUUUGUCGGUACUUGCGGCAAUUUCACCAGUAGCGACUCCAGCAGUCCCUCGCGGACCUGGUUCAGCCGCGGCUGCCUUGGAGGACGAAUCCGCCGGGGCAGCGGCAAGAGAUGGCGGCGCGUGUAUCGUGACGGGGAUUCCAAUGGGGCAAGACGUGUCCACGGCCGCAUUUCUCUCCCGGCAGCUGCGGCUGCUGAUGGAAAAUUCUUCAGGACAGAUUGGUAAGGGCCCCGUCGUGCCGUCGGAAACGUCGAAGCCAAUGCGCCCAUUCUUGCUCAAACUCCGUUCCUUCAAUCUCGAAGAGCACGCGCUGGGCGGGGACACAGGCGUGCUCGAGGCAGCGGAGACGGCUGACGUCCGCGACGGUGCUAUGAGCGGUUUGUUGGCGGCUAUCCUGCGACACUUCCCCUCAGCCCACAUCAUUGAGGCACUGCGAUCGAUCUGUCGCGAAGCUGCCGACAAAGCUGCCGACGCCGCGGGAUGGCGCCUCCACAAGCCUCUUCUGCGUUGGGAGACGUUGGGGCCUGUUGUGCGCGCCGCAUCGACUGCGCACGCUGACGAAGUACCGGCCGCGGUAGCCGACAUUGGGACCGAGCUGGCGGCAGCGGCAGUCAACGCCGUUCCCUCAGGAAACAGUCGGCCAACCGGGUUUAACCAGCAGCAAGGAGUUCUCGUGCUGUCAGCGGCUUUCCGGUUGGUGGCUGAAGCAGACGUGUGUUCGCGGGGCGGCACCGACAAGGGAGCUGCCGAGGGCGGUGGGUUGUACGCCCAGUGGGUCCGAAGCUGCCUUGGUGUUGCCGGCGGCGCUGCGAAACCGGUCGACCAGGCAGAAGCCAUGCCUGCCCCGCAGGAGGGGACACGGGCGUCGGAGCCGCAUGGGGAACGCCCGCAGCUCUCCUGCUUGGAGGUCUGUGAAGCAUGGUGGCAGACGUUGAUUGGAGGGAAAACGUACGUAGGUGGCGAUAGUACAUCGGCAGCUAAUGCGUUGUGCCACGAUGUGUUAGGACGUAGACAGGCUGUGCAGGAGGCCAUGAAGAAGCAGCGUGCCUCCGAGGUGCUGAUGGAGACGCUGUGCCUGUCCGUUCCCUACGACCCAGUCUUCGUCCUGGAGGCUCACAAGGAUGUGCUCAUAACCAGACUCAGGGUAGGAUACCUUUUCCUCAUCUGCUUGCCGUUCAGGGCCAGCUUCUCUGUCCAAGUCAGAGACUUCAUCGAUCUCGUUGUCACCCGGUUGUCGGACCUCAACGGCCGGGGGGGGGCACAGAGACUCAGGGAGGGCGGGGAAGGACGUCAACGCACCCGGGGAGCGGAAGGGUCAUGCAACAGGGAUUCGGCCCUUCCGGGGAGAGACUGCGGGGACCCCACCACACGAGAGGCGAGAACAUCCCCGCCUCUGCAAAUCGAUUACGUGCCUACUUUGGGACGCCAUGAGGUCGGCUUUUUCCUGCGGCAAUUCAAGCAAACCGGUAAAGUACCGGAGGCGUUGAGAUCCCUCAUUGUUUUCCAGCCGAAAUCCUGGGCCAGAAUACGCAAGGUCUUGCUUGCUCCGCCGGCAGAGCGCAUCGCUAUGCCAGAUGACAACGGCAGGAUCCUGCCUCUGGACAGCGCCGUGGUGAAGGAGGCCAUAGGGAGCGGGGAGGGUGGCCUUCGCGUCGAGGUCUCUCUGAAGUACCGCCGGUUGCUCGUGCAGAAGCUGGCAAAGAGUUCGCUCAUCACUGCCCAAGAGCACGAGUCCUUCAGCCCCGGAUUGGAAGCGGAAGCUACCGGGGUCGCGGGGCAGCUAAUGCUGCUUGAGUCGAAGCUCAACGAGCGUGCUUCGGCGAAGUCCGAUGACGUGAACGAUGGAUCCAGUGGUGUCGAGGAGCGUCUAGCUUUGUUGCUCCAGGAGUUUCUUCCUCGCGCGUUGGUCGUAGAGUUAUGUAUGGAAGAUGAAGGAGAAGCGAGGGGGCACAACCCUGAAUCGAGGUCUGACCGCGCUUGGUUUUCGAGAGCGACGCAAAUCCUCCGGCAGAUUCUCGACCAAUGGAAACGACAACGUUUCCCAGCUGCCGGCCGGGAGGGCGAUUUGCCGGGUCUCGGCGCGUCACCGGAGGCGGUGGCAGAGGCAAUCCUGAACAGCGUCCACUGUUGUGUUGCCGCCGUUGGCGCAUCGCUGGUAAUCCCCACGAGCGGCAAGUCAGGCUUAGCUAAGCGACAGCAAGAUCUAGACAGAAACGUUGGGGCCGAAGGUGUUGUCCGGGAAGCUGGUGUGGGGAUGACGAACGAGGGGGGGCCAAGCGGCCCUCUCGGCGUGUCUGUGGCGCAGGCGUUUCGGCGCAUCGGGGAAGUGGUCGGGGUAGCGGCGAGGUUGGAGCUGUUGGGCGACGCACUCCUUCGGCGGUGUUCUUCUCUGUUAGCGAAGCCAAACAGGCUGGACCCCAAGCAGCUUCUGUCGCUCACCCACAGCCUCGCUGGUCUGCCUGCAGCAUUUUUUCCGAAAGUGAAAGGUUUCUUGGCCAGUCUUGUUGCGAAGAUCUUCCUCUCCAGGUCCAACGCCUGUAGGGGUGGUCACGCAAAGUCCGCGGUCAGGAGAACAGCCGGGCUCGCAGCGACGUCGCAAGUAGGGGCGCUCUAUCUGCAAUCUUCCCUCUUGCUGCAUGAGCAUUUGUGGGAGAAGAGCACCGCAGGCAUUAUCAGUGAAGACGCGACCGCGGGGGUCCCAGAGCGCCACAACGGUCGAGUCGGACAACGAUUAUCGGGUCCCGCUCGGGAUGUCGGCGGUGGUGGUGGUGGACAUAUCGAGUGGGUGGGGCCAGCUCCCGUCGCCCUGCUUGAGUUAUGCUGGUGGAUGGAACGACGUCUCUCGAUUGAACUCGGACGAAGUAGCGGGUCCUGUCCCAGCGGUGAGACCCCAGGGCUUUUGCGGCUCCUUCAGAGUGUGAUGAAGCACCCGCUGAUGGAGCGAGCUUUGCAACGCGCGUUUGGCGCACGGGGCUCCACACUGCCGACCCUGGAACGCUUGGUUGCACUCGAGCUGGCGGCCGCAAGUGAGACGGAUUUCGUGGGACCUUCCACAAAGCUUGCGCUAUUGGAGAGCGUAACUCUGGGCCGACUCGUCGCGGAUGACCAAGCUGAUGACGCCGAAGGUUUGCCAAGCGACACCUUGGGAGCCGACGAGGCAGCGCUGGCAUCGCCUCAAAGAAGCCAAAAGGGCGCGGACCGUUCAGCGGAGGAGGUGCUAGACAUAUGGAAGGAGUGCGCCGCGUGCUUGUUCCGAAACCCGAGCCUGCGCGAUGCCGCACACAGGAAGGUGUGUCUUGGUUCGACGGCAAGCGAGAUCGGGGACGUGCGCUGUGUCCCGAGAGAUGCGGGGUUCCGCACGUGGGAAUCCCACUCCCACGUGUCGUGGAGAAACACUGGCGACAACGGCGCACACGUGAAUGAUUCGGCGGAAGGCGUGGAUGCACUGUUAGACUCAAUCUUGCAGAUUGUGGGGAAUCUGUGUAGUUUGGAGGCAACAGCUGGCUCGAUGCUUGCGGCGGGGCUCGAGCAGACGGGUGGUGCACGCGAGUCCAAGACACGCAACCAGCGCGGCGCGUCCCUGCUCUUUUCGGAAGCCCUGGUCCUGCUUGACCGUCUCCGAGCCGACGCUGCUAGCCCAGCACUGGUUCUGAUUGCCGAGAUAGCGAUACCGGCGAUCGGUGCCACGGAAGGGCGUGGGAAAGCGAUCCAGUCUCUUCGUCUCCUUUGGAAAAAGUGGUUCAACCAGGUGCGACCGUUCGAGUACGGGGCGGUUCAGAAGUUGAUGCGCGUGGCGUUGAUGUGGUAUGGGGGUCGAAGCGCCGCGAGCCAAGCGGCUGGUGUGGAACACAAGGACUGCCCGGUCAAGCACAUGCUGGAGGAUCUUCCUAUUUUGGCUGCGGAGAUGGUGCGGCACUGGACGCGGUUGAGGCGCACCCUGCAGCCAGUGAUCGGAUCUUGUCCUGCGCCGGCGGGUCCCUUCGGGCGUGAUGGAUGGGCUUGUCACCUCGGCAAUCUUCAACGCUUCGCCAAGGCACUCGUUCUGGAUUUGGCAUCACUAAUCGCAGAAGAGACCACCUCCCGGUCGGUGAUCAAGGAACAAACCGGCCGGAUUCCCCUGGGGCCAGUCAAGAACAGCGUUCAGGACAAGAGAAAGAGGGGGGAAGCACAUGCAGUGGACGCAGAUCAAGGCUACACGGCGAAAGGCCACAAGGGUGGAAAAGCACCAACUGCCUCUUUUCCCCGAGGUGGGAUCGGCACGGGGCUCUGCCAAGAUCAGCUUCGCGACGCAUCCGCCGCCCUGCCCCACACAUCGGCGCAAGUUCUAGUCGGCGUUUUUUACGCUGCGGCAGAAAUUCGGCGGCGUGCGCAACGUCCCCGCGGAGCUGCGUCUUCUCCAUCGGUAAAGACCAAGCGGGCCAAAACUGCACAGGGCGCGCCACCGGGGCAUGUUUCAGCUGGGUGCGAUGGGGACACGCUCCUCGCCGAAGAAAUCGGUUUGUGUGGGAAAGGAAAUAGCAGAGCCUGGGUCUCGCGUGUAUUGGAGCCGGUGUACGGGCCCGGUCUGGCGGAGCCUGCCGUCACGUCACUUGGCGUGCUUCUCGGAACUCUGGUCACAGAGCUGGGAUCUAUCCGAGCCCCUUCUGCUUGUGGCGUCAACGGGGAUUCUUUCGGCGGGGUGGACCGCACAGAUGCGUUCGAGUCAUUCCUCGGGGUGUCUCUGGCGGUGGCCCUGCUCGGUCAUGCGCCGCACCUCGUUGCUCGCCUGGCCGAACCGCCUUGUCUGACACCCUCUAGCUCCAACACUGGUCCUAUCGAAAGGCUACGGAGAUCUCUGGCAGUGUUUGACAUCCUCAGCCUGCUGUUGGAACAAGUGCCGGGUACGCCUGGGGUGUGGCUGACUGUAGCGCUAUCUCACUAUACCGCGGCUGUGCAUACUACCAUGUCAGAGAACGGGCAAGCGGUCUGCGCUCUCAUGAACGGGCGCGCUUGGUCGGAUAUGGUGAUGUUCGUGCAUUCUCGUGUGCGAGAUACUGCUACGGAGCAGUUGCGGCGGUUGCCGGUAGCGUUGCGACUGGCGGCUCAGGAGGUGGACCCGUUACUAAAGCAGUAUUUGUGAUGCGUUGUUCUUGUCGAGUUUCCUUCAAUGGUGUUGCGAAGAAAUGAGGGGGGGAGAGAAAACCUUGUAAGUUUCUUGUUUCUUUCUCCCCCAAUGUUUAGACUACGUUGGUGUUCUUGUGUUCAGCGACAACGGUGAAAGGGAUGAGGGUUGAGGUUUGACGUUACGCUGUCUAGAGAGAUGGCGUUUGCCACGGUAGGGUUUCCUUCAGUUAACGUUACAGAGAAAAAGCCAAGCGAGAUUAUGCAAUCGAACAGCGGUCGUUCGGAUUUUGGGCGUAUACGUGCGGGUCCUUCCAUCGCACGUUUAUACGUAAACACAGUGUUCGAAUUGUGGCAUAACUUCUCGUUUGGGGUCACUGCGAUGC